UCCAUUCCCCUCUAGAAGCGAACCCGAAGCGAACGCGAAGCGAUCCGUUCCGGCUUCGUAUCUCGUCGAGGUCGACCGCUAGAGCUUGGCGACGCGCUCGUUUUUCUCUCUUCUAUCUCCUCAAUAAUCCCCCUCAAAAUUAAGCUUAUUUUGUUCCUCACUUAUCGGGCUUCUUUUGUUAUAACUGGCUUGGCUCUCUUAAUACCAGCUGCCCAUCAUGUUUAAGAAGCCAGUGGAGGCAAAAUCAAUGCAACGGUUGUCAGGAGCAGACAAGAAGAAGCUUAGAAGAACAACCAAGGAAAGGUUCCCACAAGCCUCGGAUGCUGACAUUGAUGCUAUACUUCCUCUGAAGGCUGAGAUAACAGUAGCUAAGUACCCAAAUCGCGUGCAUGUGUACGGUGUAGAAGGAAGCUUUCCAAUUCUUUUUGAUAUUGAUGGGCGAGGCACUGAGAUAUUUCCCACAGUUUAUGCGCUCUGGAAGGUUCCUGAACUUUUACCUGCAUUUCUGCUCAAGGGGGGUGAGGUAUCUCGCUAUGUCAUUGGAGGUGCUGAUUUGAUGUUCCCGGGUAUUAGCAUACCUCCAGAAGGGCUGCCUCCAUUCUUAGCUGGGCAGCCAUGGGCAGUGAAAGUCCCAGGCAACCCAGCACCAAUUGCAGUUGGAACCACCACUAUGAGUAGUGCAGAAGCCUUAAAAGCUGGUUUGCGGGGCAAGGCUUUGCGAAUAACACAUUGUUAUCAUGAUUCAUUGUGGGAAUCAGUUGAAGGUCACUAUGUUCCAAAUGCAGGAUUUUUGGAAGAUGUUGUCGUUGAAGAUCCUGCAUUGUUUUCAGUUUCUCAGUUAUCUGAUGCUUCUGGAGAUGCUUCAAGCAGCUUACAUGGUGACAAAGUCAUAGAAAAAGGAGAAGCAGAUUCAGAUAUGCAUACUGAAAAAGAUGUUGAUGCUCCACAGGAUGUUGAUAUUAGCAAUGAAACCUGUGAAGAAGUGGUUGCUGCUGAUAUGAGUGGGUUAAAGGUAUCAGAUAAUGUACGUGCUGAAGAAUCAAACAAUGAGAAGGAACAGCAGACUAUAUCCAGUGAAGAAGUAGAUUUUCUUUUGGACAAAUGCCUUUUGCAAGCAUUGCACACAAGUGUAAAAGAUAAAGACCUUCCCAUGCCUGGUAGCACAUUAUGGUCAAACCAUAUACUGCCCUGUAGGCCUCCAGGCAUCACUUUGGACAUUAAAAAGUCAUCUCAUAAAAAACUAUCAAAGUGGUUACUAGCUAAAUCUUCUGCUGGGCUGAUAUCAGCAAAGGAGGAUAAAUAUAAGAAAGAGGUCAUGUUACUUGCUGUUAACCAUGCUCACCAAGACUACAUGUCCUUCAGACCAGAAAAGCAAGUAGUAGAGACUGCUGAUCAGAGGUAUGAUUCCUCAGUUGGUGAAGUGCGGCAUGCUAAACAGCAACUUGAGGUAGCUGAAAUUUAUAAGCCAAGUACGCACGUCAAACCCAUAUUCACAUCACUUGGAGCUGACGCCGGGAAAUAUUACAGUGCAUCAGAGGCAUCUGAGAUUGUCUUCAGUUAUGUGGAGAAAGAAAAUUUGGUCAAGCCAUCGGAUAAGGCAACGGUAGUUCUGGAUGCUAUACUAUGUGAUGCUCUCUUCAAAGGGACCAUCAAGAAGGGCUCAACUUACCCAACAGAGAUCCAUAAGAAAGACUUAGGAGUGACAUUUCUAAACCGGCUGCAAGCCCACCAUAGGGUGUCCAGAGGAAAUGAUGUUGCUGUGCGUAAGGGUGCAAUUAGGUCCAUUCAAAUUAUGACUGAACGACGUCAGGGAAACAAGAAAGUGACAAGAGUCUCAGGGCUAGAGUCUUUCUUAAUGGAUGCUGAAUUAUUAGCAUCUGAGCUUCAAAAGAAAUUUGCUUGCAGUACAUCUGUGGCAGAGCUUCCAGGUAAGAAAGGGCAGCAUGAGGUGCUGGUUCAAGGUGGAGUGAUCGAUGACCUUGCAAAACAUCUUGUUGACCACCAUGGCAUACCAAAGAGGUACAUUGAGGUGCUCGACAAAACCAAGAAAUAAGAGGCAGGAAGCCUAGUCUUGAACUAAAUAUAACAAGUAAAGCCAGGAGACCCCAGGGCUCCUUUUUUCAAUAGUAGAGCAGUUUAGGGAGUUUUUUUUUUACAAGGAAAAGAUAUGAUACCUGUGUCCUCUCGAAGCAUAUAAUAAAUUAGUGGAACUUGUAUUACCGAUUGGGAGUUCAUUUCAAACUGAACACCAGUGUAAUGUUGCAGCUGCUUUGAAUAUGUUAAAUUCCUGUUUUAUUGUAUAAUGAAUUGUGCAGCUCUGUUAGCUCUCAA